CUUCAUCCUUUUCUCUUUUUUUUUUAUUUCAACAAAAAUCAUUGAAUUAGAGGUCUCUUUAUUACCAGUUUCUAACAUCAAAUUCUCUUGUAUAUAUAAUCAAAGCUAUUUUCACUAAUACAAUAUAUCACAAGCGAGACCUCUUUUUCAAUUGAUUUCUCUAUCAUACCAAUACACUCUUUCCCAAACAAAAUUUCAAUAGUAAUGACCAACAAUAACAACCAAAACGUCUCGAUGGAGGAGGAAUUCAGAGCUGAAGAAAGUUACUUUUAUGAGUAUGACCAAGAAAUGGCUGAAGCAGUAACAAGAGCAGAUGAGGAAGACAAUGAUCGUCAACAGAAAGAAGACGAUGAUAGUCUCCUGAGAUUAAUUGUGGAUGUACAAUGCUAUCUCUCGGAAGCUCCUACCGACUCUCCACUCUUUGCACUUCAAUACAAAAUGUACACUUAUCUCAAGCAACGUGCCUCUGAAAUGGGAAUGGAUGUCACAUCCAUCUGAAUAUUAAUGACUUUAUAUAUAUAUAUCUAUGCCCUUUAUUGAAGGUGCUAUAUUUUUUUAACCCAACAAACCCAAAAAAAUAAGAAAAAUAUCUCACUCUCCCAUAAAAAAUAACAAUAAUAAUAGUAAUAAACCCGUGUUACUCCAAUAACACCCAAUGGUAACGCCGCAUAAUAAGCCGUCUUUCCUCCCUUCUUUUUUAUAUUUUGCAUAAAUAUUACUCACGAGUUUUCUCAUAAGGUUAUUUGCAAACACUUGUAUUUAUUAAUUUUCUUCUAAUGACC